GCCACAGCUACUGAAGCCCACACGCCUAGAGCCCGUGCUCUGCAACAACAGAAGCCACCGCAAUGAGAAGCCCACGCACCGCAAUGAAGACCCAACACAGCCAUAAAUAAAUAAAUAAAUAAAUUUUUUAAAAAAUAAAAGGCGGUUUAGAUAGAUGAGCUGAGAGGAGGUCGGAGAAUUAGUAGGGUGACUUGUUUUGAAACUGUUGUUCGUCCUUCUUCCCCUGCACCUUGAGUUCUUUGACACCUUCAAAGACAACCUCCUACUCGCCCUCGUACCUCGUAGCGCACAGUCAGCCCUCGGUAGAUGUUUUCUUCAAAAACACUGUAUAGCCCCUCCCUCCCUGAUGUGCUCCAAGCUUUGUGGGCCAUCAUCCAGGCACACCCAGUGCCAUCACACCCCUCCCUGCCUUUGCUGUUGAUUGCGUUCAGGCAGUCUCUGCCCACUCUAGGACCAGGUCCAUUUGCUGACUCUGAAUCAGUUUCUCCUGAACUGGGGACCUGUUCAACAGGGAUCCUGGCAGUUUUAGCAGACUCAACAAGGUGAGAUGUUCUUCGCAUCCAGGUAGGAGCCCCUCAGGAAAAACUUACACAGGAAAGAAGGCUAUUGUCUGUGUCGAGGUGGUGAAGAGAGCCCCAUGUCCCAGUCUUGGCCCUGCCUUCCUAUUCCUUGGUGGGUGUGUUAAACAACCACAGCAUUGCUGAAGGAUCUAGGUUAUUGGGCCCUGAGCAAACCCAAGUAGCUGGAAUAUUCUUGCUGUUAUUAUUUGAUGGGUGAGGUUCCUGGACUUGUCGGAAUUGGCGUCGGGCCGGCCUGCUGGCCCCGCCCCCCCAGGCCCCGCCCCGUCUAGACUCUUCCCAAAGCCGCCGCAUCCUUCGACCCAGCUGGGCGCCGGGAACUGCAACCAUGGCGGUCACCGCUGAGGGCGCCCGCAGGAAGGAGCGCGUCCUCUGCCUGUUUGACGUGGACGGCACCCUCACGCCGGCUCGCCAGAAGAUCGACCCUGAGGUGGCUGCCUUCCUGCAGAAGCUGCGAAGAAGGGUGCAGAUCGGUGUGGUGGGCGGCUCUGACUACUCUAAGAUUGCUGAGCAGCUGGGAGAGGGGGAUGAAGUCAUUGAGAGGUUUGAUUAUGUGUUUGCUGAGAACGGGACGGUGCAGUAUAAGCAUGGACGACUGCUCUCCAAGCAGACAAUCCAGAGCCACCUGGGGGAGGAACUCCUGCAGGACUUGAUCAACUUCUGCCUCCGCUACAUGGCCCUGCUUAGACUGCCCAAGAAGCGUGGAACCUUCAUCGAGUUCCGGAACGGCAUGCUGAACAUCUCGCCCAUUGGCCGGAGUUGCACCCUGGAGGAGCGAAUCGAGUUCUCCGAACUGGACAAGAAGGAGAAGAUCCGGGAGAAGUUUGUGGAAGCCCUGAAAACAGAGUUUGCUGGCAAAGGACUGAGGUUCUCCCGAGGAGGCAUGAUCAGUUUUGACGUCUUCCCUGAGGGCUGGGACAAGCGCUACUGCCUGGACAGCCUGGCCCAGGACUGCUUCGACACCAUCCACUUCUUUGGGAACGAGACCAGCCCCGGUGGGAACGACUUUGAGAUCUACACAGACCCCCGGACUGUUGGCCACAGUGUGGUGUCCCCGCAGGACACGGUGCAGCGAUGCCGUGAGAUCUUUUUCCCAGAGACAGCCCAUGAGGCGUGACCAGGGCCCACACCUGCCCCUUGGGACUUCCAAAGAGCUCUGCCCGGGCCUAAGAGAGGCCCUGGCCCUGGUGUUGGGGGGCGCCAGGGCCCCUCCUCUGGCCCAGGACACCUGCCUCGUGUUACCUGCUGAAGGCCCACCUCAGUGGGCCCGGGGUCUGCGUGGACAGCCACCCCCAGCUGGUCAGCUCUUGGUGGGCCUGGCUCCCGUCCUCCACCCCGAUGGCCCUGGCUGCAGCUGCUGCUCGUACCUCUGGACAGAACAGGUUUCUGUCGACGCGGGAAGCGUGUGCAAGUGUUGGUACGAGAUAGAGCCCGCGCUGCUUCCCUGCCCUAGGUGGGGCGCAGAGCGGUGGGCAAGGUGCAUACUUGUGAGAACUUGAUCUCACAGAUACUAAACUUCGUGGAACGAG